GGUGAGAGAGAGAGAGAGAGGGAGAGUGAGAGGAAGAUGGCGGCCGUGAGAGUGUGGUCCUCCUGCCGGGUGUGUGUCCGGGGCUGGCCUGGCGCCCUCACACCCUCCACACACCUGCACACAACACCUGCAACACCUGCCACCAAGGCUACACACACCGGCCAGAAUUUUGAAGAGGGUGACAUCCGUAAUGUUCGAUUUGAAGUAACGCCAAGACAAACUAAUGAACGCUGGGCCAUCAAUCUUAUAAAAGAUGUUCCUCCAAAGGCGGUGAAGUCCCGUGUUGUGGCGUGCGACGGCGGCCCUGGAGCCCUCGGUCACCCAAGGAUAUAUAUUAAUUUAGAUGACGCAGGAAACCACAGCUGCAUCUACUGUGGUUUGAGGUACUACAAAGACGACGGUCACUAACAUGGUGGUGGUUAAUACCACUCGUGAAAGUCUUGAAAAUACAAAGUUCAGUACUGUGUAUCCAUUGAUCUUGGCAGAGUGUAACUGCAAUACUUCUUAAGAUUUAAGAGCUUUAUUGGUCAGCUUGUAUAUAUAGUGUGUAUAUAGUGUAUGGAUAAACUGUAAACACAUCAUA